AUGUCUCCUCCUGCUGUGUCCUUUCUUCCUUUCUUUCUUUCUUUCUUUCUUUCUUUCUUUCUUUCUUUCUUUUCCUUCUUUCUUUCUUUCUUUCUUUCUUUAUAUUCCUUCCUUCCUUCUUUCUUCCUUCCUUCCUUUCUUUCUUUCUUUCUUUCUUUCUUUCUAUUCCUUCCUUCCUUCCUUCUUUCUUCCUUCCUUCCUUUCUUUCUUUCUUUCUUUCUUUCUUUCUUUCUUUCUUUCUUUCUUUAUACUCCUUCUUUCUUUCUUUAUACUCCUUCUUUCUUUCUUUCUUUCUUUCUUUCUUUCUUUCUUUCUUUCUUUAUAUUCCUUCUUUCUUUCUUUCUUUCUUUCUUUCUUUCUUUCUUUAUAUUCCCUCUUUCUUUCUUUCUUUCUUUAUAUUCCUUCUUUCUUUCUUUCUUUAUAUUCCUUCCUUCUUUCUUUCUUUAUAUUCCUUCUUUCUUUCUUUAUAUUCUUUCUUUCUUCCUUUCUUUCUUCACAUUCCUUCUUACUUUCUUUCUUUAUAUUCCUUCUUUCUUUCUUUAUAUUCCUUCUUUCUUUCUUUAUAUUCCUUCUUUCUUUCUUUCUUUCUUUCUUUUUCUCAUUUUGUUCGUUAGUUUCUUUCUUUCUUUCUUUCUUUCUUUCUUUCUUUCUUUCUUUCUUUAUCAUGGCACUUUACAAGUGAAUAAUGGCCGACGCUCGAACAUUGUCGAACUCCCACCACAAUAUAAAUUGUCUAUCUCGGUCUGUUCAUAUCUAUCUAUCUAUCUAUCUAUCUAUCUAUCUAUCUAUCUAUAUAUAUAUAUCAGUCUGUUCAUAUCUAACGUACUGACCUGUUCAUAUCUAUCUAUCGCAAUCUGUUUAUAUCUAUAUCAGUCUGUUCAUACCUAUCUAGGUUUAUUCAUAUCUAUCUAUCUAUCUAUCUAUCUAUCUAUCUAUCUAUCUAUCUCAGUUCAUAUCUCUCUCAGUCUGUUAAUAUCUAUCUAUCUAUCUAUCUAUCUCAGUUCAUAUCUCUCUCAGUCUGUUAAUAUCUAUCUAUCUAUCUAUCUAUCUAUCUAUCUAUCUAUCUAUCUAUCUAUCUAUCUAUCUAUCUAUCUAUCUAUCUCUCUGUCUCAAAUUGGACUUAUUUUUCGAUCGAACUAUCUCGUUAAGAAACUGACUGCAUCUAUCUAUCUAUCUAUCUAUCUAUCUAUCUCAGUCUUUUCAUAUCUAUAUACCUAUCUAUCUACCUAUCUAUUUCAGUCUUGUUAUAUCUAUCUGUCUUUUCAUAUCUAUCUAUCUAUCUAUCUAUCUAUCUAUCUAUCUAUCUAUCUAUCUAUCCCAGUCUUUGUUCAGUCUUUGUUCAAAUCUCAAUGUCAACCAUUCCACAUCUAUCUAUCUAUCUAUCUAUCUAUCUAUCUAUCUAUCUAUCUAUCUAUCUCAUUCUCUAUCUAUCUCAUUCUCUAUCUAUCUAUCUAUCUAUCUAUCUAUCUAUCUAUCCCAGUCUUUGUUCAAAUCUCAAUGUCAACCAUUCCACAUCUAUCUAUCUAUCUAUCUAUCUAUCUAUCUAUCUAUCUAUCUAUCUAUCUAUCUAUCUAUCCCAGUCUUUGUUCAGUCUUUGUUCAAAUCUCAAUGUCAACCAUUCCAUAUCUAUCUAUCUAUCUAUCUAUCUAUCUAUCUAUCUAUCUAUCUAUCUCAUUCUCUAUCUAUCUCAUUCUCUAUCUAUCUAUCUAUCUAUCUAUCUAUCUAUCCCAGUCUUUGUUCAAAUCUCAAUGUCAACCAUUCCAUCUAUCUAUCUAUCUAUCUAUCUAUCUAUCUAUCUAUCUAUCUAUCUAUCUAUCUAUCCCAGUCUUUGUUCAGUCUUUGUUCAAAUCUCAAUGUCAACCAUUCCAUCUAUCUAUCUAUCUAUCUAUCCCUAUCUUUCUAUCUAUCUAUCUCAUUCUCUAUCUAUCUCAUUCUCUAUCUAUCUAUCAUCUAUCUAUCUAUCUAUCUAUCUAUCCCAGUCUUUUGUUCAAAUCUCAUGUCAACCAUUCCAUCCAUCUAUCUAUCUAUCUAUCUAUCUAUCUAUCUAUCUAUCUAUCUCAUUCUCUAUCUAUCUAUCUAUCUAUCUAUCUAUCUAUCUAUCUAUCUCAUUCUCUAUCUCAUUCUCUAUCUAUCUAUCUAUCUAUCUAUCUAUCUAUCUAUCUAUCUAUCUAUCUAUCCCAGUCUUUGUUCAGUCUUUGUUCAAAUCUCAAUGUCAACCAUUCCACAUCUAUCUAUCUAUCUAUCUAUCUAUCUAUCUAUCUAUCUAUCUAUCUAUCUAUCUAUCUCAUUCUCAUCAUCUAUCUCAUUCUCUAUCUAUCUAUCUAUCUAUCUCAUUCUCUAUCUCUAUCUAUCUAUCUAUCUAUUCAUCUAUCUAUCUAUCUAUCUAUCUAUCUAUCUAUCUAUCCCAGUCUUUGUUCAGUCUUUGUUCAAAUCUCAAUGUCAACCAUUCCACAUCUAUCUAUCUAUCUAUCUAUCUAUCUAUCUAUCUAUCUAUCUAUCUAUCUUUAUUUUAUUGGGGUUCAUGAAUUUCUCAUUUCUUUGUGUCUCUUCAUUAUUCUGAGCUAUCUUCAAACGUUUUCGUUCUUUCUUUCUUUCUUUCUUUCUUUCUUUCUUUCUUUUCCACAAACGCCCUUCUUUUUUUCUUUUAAAUUCUUUCUUUUCCAGAAACUUCUUUCUUUCUUUCUUUAUUUUUUCUUUCUUACAUUCUUUCUUUCUUUCUUUCUUUUCCAGAAAUUUCUUUUCUUUCUUUCUUUUAAAUUAUUUAUUUUCCAGAAACUUCUUUCUUUCUUUCUUUCUUUCUUUUCCAGAAACUUCUUUCUUUCUUUUAAAUUAAUUCUUUUCCAGGAAAAAACUUUUCUUUCUUUCUUUCUUUCUUUCUUUCUUUCUUUCUUUCUUUCUUUCUUUCUUUCUUUCUUUCUUUUCCACAAACGCCCUUCUUUCUUUCUUUUAAAUUCUUUCUUUUCCAGAAACUUCUUUCUUUAUUUAUUUAUUUUUUCUUUCUUACAUUCUUUCUUUCUUUCUUUUUCCAGAAAUUUCUUUUCUUUCUUUCUUUUAAAUUCUUUCUUUUCCAGAAACUUUUUUUCUUUUCUUUCUUUUCUUUCUUUCUUUUUUUUUCUUUCUUUCUUUCUUUCUUUCUUUUUUUUUCUUUCUUUCUUUCUUUCAUUCUUUUCCAGAAACUUCUUUCUUUCUUUAUUUAUUUUUUCUUUCUUACAUUCUUUCUUUCUUUCUUUUCCAGAAAUUUCUUUUCUUUCUUUCUUUUAA